GAGCUGCUGAACACUGCGAAAGUGACAUUUGACGGAGGUGUGGAUAAAAAGUGUAUCACAUAACAUUUCGCAUUUAAUUGGAACGUAAAUUAGAAAAUUCGAAAAAUUGUGAGUUCAAUCACCGAAAAAGCUAUUGAUACGAAAGCGGGGCAUGCGACUGAUGCCAAACGACGCCUUUUCCAUGCACGACAAGUUGUAAAAUCGAUACCUAUAUGUACGAAAGUGAAAAUCCAAAUUGACGCGACCGACCAAACCACGAGAUCACACUAGUUUUCUGAGCGAUGCAUUCGCUUCACUGGACAUCGCGUAUGAUAUCGCGGGCCCUGCGUAGCAGCUUUUCCACACUCUUGGAGUCUGCCACUGGGGCUGCGGCCAGCAAGGGUGGCGAAGGUGCUCUCAAGUCUGCCUCACCGCGGCCACAUUUCGUGUCUGUGGUCUGUGGAUUCGCCAAGGACAACCUGCGCCACAAGUACAAGCCUGGAAAGUAUGGCGAGGACUCCUGGUUCAAGGCAUCCACAGAGCAGGCCGAUGUUAUGGGCGUGGCCGACGGUGUCGGAGGCUGGCGCAGCUACGGCAUCGAUCCGGGCGAGUUUUCCUCCUUCCUGAUGCGCACAUGCGAGCGCCUGGUGCAGUGCAGUCACUUUAACCCGCAGCGACCCGUCAAUCUGCUGGCGUACAGCUACUGCGAGCUGAUGGAACAGAAGAAGCCCAUUCUGGGCAGCAGCACUGCCUGCGUGUUAAUCCUCAAUCGGGAGACGAAAACGGUGCACACUGCCAAUAUCGGAGACAGUGGCUUCAUGGUGGUGAGGCAGGGCGAGGUGGUGCACAAGUCUGAGGAGCAACAGCACUACUUCAACACGCCCUUCCAGCUAUCCCUGCCCCCGCCCGGCCAUGGCCCGAACGUGCUGAGCGAUAGCCCCGAGUCGGCGGACACCAUGAGUUUCCCCGUGGAGGAUGGCGAUGUUAUACUCAUCGCCACCGAUGGCGUCUUCGACAAUGUGCCCGAGGACCUCAUGCUGGAUGUGCUGCGCGAUGUGGAGGGCGAACGGGAUCCCGUCAAGCUACAGAUGACCGCCAACAGCCUGGCCCUGAUGGCCCGCACGCUGUCCCUCAACAGCGAGUUCCUCUCGCCCUUUGCCCUCAGCGCUCGUCGCAACAAUAUACAGGCACGCGGUGGCAAGCCAGAUGACAUUACAGUCGUCCUGGCCACUGUUGCAAUGUAAAAAAAACUCAUAGUCGAGAGAUGUUCCCUUAACGUCAAUGUCCCCCCGUCAAUGUCUCCAAAACUUAGUGAUUAAUGUUUAAUCGUAGCUCGUACGUAUUUAGUUAGCUUUUAGGAGUCUGUUUCCGUGGUUCUGUCUAAUGUUUAAGCUUAGUGUUGAGAUAUUGAAUGAGACAAGAACGAACGAUGGCCAUAACGAUAACAACAACGACACGAACACCUCCCUUCCCCACUUUUAAUUGUUACAGAAUUGCAUGACCCAUGCCCCUUGCCCCAUUCCCCAUACCCCCAAAUUCAUUCAUACUAAAAUAACACAAAAAAACUAAAUAACGCGCAUCCUGGAGAGCGACCUAAACGUUAAAAAUUACCCCCUGACGCCCCCAAUCAAAGCGAAUGCAACGCCUUCAAAUGUAUACAUAACCCUCGCUAUAAGUAGUAAAAACAACAAACAAAAAAUUAUUAUAAUAAAUGCAAAAUUAUCAGGCCGAAAUGAUCUUUGUCGUCAGCGACGGCUUCACGACGGAGGAGUAGAGUAGCGUUCUAAUCAACAAAUAAAUUGCGAAACGAGCCCGAACCCUGGCGGAGGAGGAGGAGGAGGAGGAGUAGAUGAUGGAUUGCGUUGAGGAGUCGAAGUGCAUAAUGGUAUGCUAUGCGAAUUAUUUGAACUGAGGAUUUAUUAUAUCCAGGCAAAAAUGGCGACUGUCUUUAACAAAAUUUACUGUCGAAAUGUACUCACUGAUAUUUGCGACCCAAUAAAAUUAUUCAUUGAAAACAACAA